AUGAUUGGACCAGGCUGUUUAUCCCUUCCAUUAGCUUUUAAACAAGCUGGGCUUUGGAUGUGCUCAAAUACUUUGCAAAAGGUAUUCAAAUAUUGGAAUAUUAAUAUAGUAAAAUUAUUUAGAAAAGGAGAUUCUUUCCUAAGUUAUGGAAAUAUGGCUUAUGAAGCAGUUUCUGGUAGUUUCCGUCCUGUAAGAAAAUAUGCAAGAAUAGCAAGAAUUUGUACAAAUGCCUCAAUAAUUUCACUUCAAAUGGGUAUUUGUAGUGUAUUUUAUGUUUUUUGUGCAAUUCACCUUAAAGAAUCCAAUGAAGAAUUUUUCCCUUCCUCUCCUUUUAAACCAACAACAAUUCAAUGGAUGUUUAUUAUUUUUCUUCCUUUUUUAAUUAUUAAUUUUGUCCGUUCUAUAAAGCCAAUAGCCGUUAUUAGCAUGAUUGGAAAUGUUGUAUGUCUAAUCUGUUUAGCUUUUAUUUUUCAGUAUUUAAUAAGAAUAGAGGAUCGAACAAUUAAAUUACCUCGAGUUACCGAUUUUGAAGGAAUUAUGGCUGCGUGUGGAUCUAUUCUCUAUGCAUUUGAAGGGCAAGCAAUGGUACUUCCUUUAGAAAAUAAAUUAAAAAAGCCUUCCCAAAUGGUUGGAACUUUUGGAAUUUUGUCAGUAGGGAUAGCUGCUGUCUCGGUAAUUUUUGCUUUGUGUGGCUUUCUUGGUUUUACUGCAUUUGGUAAUGAUGUACGUGGAAGUAUUACUUUAAAUUUGCCACAAGAUAAUAUACAAUUUUCUCUACUUCGAUUAGCCUUAACACUUGUUAUUUACCUUGGUUUUGUAAUUCAAUUGUAUGUUAUUGUUGAUAUGCUUUGGCCUGCACUUUGGAAACGAUUGGAAAGGAGAGGGGGAUUUUGCUCUUCUGUUAAUUUAAAAUUACCUUUUGAAUUGGCUUUAAGAACUUUUUUGUUGUUUAUUAUAAGUAAGGAGGGGAAUUGAGAUAU